GAAAGUUCUUCAGCCCUGGCUCGUGAAGGAGUAGAAGGGGAGUGCUGAGGGGAAACCAGGGAGCUGUGCAGGGAGAGGCGACGCUCACGACGACACCCACCGCGACGGGACCGCAAACUGAACCCCGACCUGGACCUACCAGGUCCGCAGGGGAGUGCUGUGGAUGGCGGUCUGUGAAGCCCGGGAACAGCCACCAGAGUGCGUGGCCACGCCCGAGCGACGCCAAGAUAAGGGACGGGUGGCUCAGCGGAGCGCCUCAUGAGCCAAUCAGAGCACAGCCUGCCAUCGCGCCACCGGCAGCCGACCAAUGGGAGGGCGUCAGUCUCUAUAAAAGCGGGCGCGCCUCCAUCCCGUGCACCGGCGGUCGGCGAGGAGAGCAGCGGCGUUUUGACGCCCCUGGGGCUAUGGCUCGCACGAAGCAGACAGCGCGGAAGUCCACGGGCGGCAAGGCGCCGCGCAAGCAGCUGGCCACUAAGGUGGCUCGGAAGAGCGCCCCGGCCACGGGCGGCGUGAAGAAACCGCACCGCUACCGGCCGGGCACGGUGGCGCUCCGUGAGAUCCGGCGCUACCAGAAGUCCACGGAACUGUUGAUCCGCAAGCUGCCGUUCCAGCGGCUGGUGCGCGAAAUCGCGCAGGACUUCAAGACGGACCUGCGCUUCCAGAGCUCGGCCGUGAUGGCGCUGCAGGAGGCGUGCGAGGCCUACCUCGUGGGGCUCUUCGAGGACACCAACCUGUGCGCCAUCCACACCAAGCGCGUCACCAUCAUGCCCAAGGACAUCCAGCUGGCGCGCCGCAUCCGUGGGGACCGCACUUAA